AUGCACGACUCAGAGACUCCCAACGCUUCCAUGGGCCUACUAUCAGCCUUGCGACCAAAGUGGCUGUCUACUCGGCCAUAUUAUUCCAACCUGGAUGAUUGGGAUGCUAAGGAAAGACCCGUUCUCCGCGACGACACCAACUCAGAGGAUUCGCUCAUUGAGGAGCAGCCCCGCCCUCGCUCCUCGCGUCCACUUUGGUAUAUCAUCAUUGCACAAACAUGUGCUUUGACGGCAUUGUUCAUUAUCUUGGCGAGUAAUUUAUACGUUCAACGAGAAGAAAAGUGGCUAUACUCGCCUGCCCAAGAUGCCAUCUCAUACAAAUACUACCGUUUCUUCAACGGCUUCGAGGGGGAUAUUUCUCCGUUCCAAGCUCCCCCUUCUGCGGAGCUCGAUGCUCGCUGGGCGGGCCUCUACGACUUUGGUAUCUCCCGAAUCCCAAGGUCCCAAGCUGCCCGCCUUCCCAACCGCACCGAAGAGAUUCCGGGCGACGAGGGGAACUUCAUCAUCGAACUCGACGUGUUCCACGAAAUACACUGUUUGAAUCAAAUCCGCAAAGCGCUCUAUCCCGACCACUAUCCCGACAUGCGCAUGGACGACACCAGCACCGCGGAGCACAUCAACCACUGCAUCGACAGCAUCCGCCAGUCAUUGAUGUGCUCGUCAGACGUCAGCACAAUCGUAUGGCAAUGGGACGCAGCAGUACGCCGGGCCUUCCCGAAAGGCAGCGUCGUACACCGUUGCAGGGACUUCGAAAGAAUAAAGGAAUGGGCGCUGGAGCGGCGGACGAAGGAGAAAUACGACACGACGCGCCAUGUGGAGAACGAUCUGGACAUUCCUAUAAUCUACGAUUAA